AUGGGUUCGUGUUCGUCGAAGACGGCGAGCGAUGGCGGCGUAGAGACGCGCGAGACGCGGACGUUGGAUGCGUCGGACGUGCCGACGCCCGCGCCGAGGUCGCCGAGGGCGUCCGCGGGGGAUGGGGCGAUGCGGGGUGAUUCGGCGCGCGCGGCGACGGAGGCGGACGUCGCGGACGCGCGGAGGUUUCGAGUCGCGAGAGCGAUGCGAGAUGAGACGUCGAACGAGAUGGCGAGCAGAGAGGCGUACGUGGAGUGGGUGGGAUCGCGCGCGCGCUCGGCGUCGAUUCGAGUGCGCGAGCGGUGGAACACGCGAAGCGGGUCGAGCGCGUGGCGGUACUGGAUGGAGGAGGAGACGGUGGUGUCGGCGCUGACGACGGAUCUGGAGGGCGCGAACGUGGAUCCGGAGCGUGGUGACUUAUCCUUGAUGAUGUGUGCCCACGACGCGCUGGAGGCGCCGAUCGGGGAGUUCGGGGACGGUGAGGCCACGGCGCGCGCGCGUGUGUUUGCGGUUGAUGUUUUUCUCACCGUCGACGGCGUCUCGUACGAAGACGCGCACGCGUGCGGGGGGGAACCGGAGUCCGAUCGAGCGCGAUCCAUAGAAUUCGGCUUGGACGAAGCGGGAUUGACGACGACGCACGAGCGCGAUGCCGCACGAAGACUUCUGGGGACAGAGCCUCGCGCGUGUCAUAGCAAGCCGUGGUGCACGCUUUUCGGCUCGCAGUUUUCAAACGGAAAUCACUUCGUGCACCUUCCGUUAAUGGCUGAGUCGUCGUAUUCCAUCGAUGGCGCCAUUUUAGAUCCAUAUUCGAAGUCAUACGGGCACGCGCUGAUGUGUCGAUGGGCGGAGGCUUGCGAGAAGAUGGGCCCAGGCACGCACGUCGUGACGUUCCGAUGCGCCCCGCUCGGCGUCGUUGUCGCCGGCUCAGAAAUGGAGAUGAUACACGGCGACGUCGGAGAGAGCGACGAAUUCAAGCAGUUCCUCGUCGCAGUCGAGGGCGAGUACGAGACCGCCGAGGACGCACCGGGUAUGACUGUGACUUUCUCGCUCAGCCUCCGUCCGGAGCAUUGCACCGGACGCAAGCCGGAGCGUCGCGCGCAGGAGUGGGCCCCCGAUUGGCCGAGCGACGAGAUCGAGGAGUGCUACGUCACGGCGAUGGAAUUGGCGAACACGGGCGCUCCAGGGGCGAUGGCGGAAAAGAUGGUGCCAGGAUCGAAGUGCUGUCACGUCAUCCUACCAAGCACCGACGGACAGAGCGGCAUUGCGGCUGUCAAGAACGAUGAGGGUGUCAUCAUCGCGCACGAGUUCCAUGCCUGGGGGCUCUAUCGAAGCGUCCUGGAUGAGAACGGGGCGCAAAUCAAGUUUCGAUGCGUGCGAGAGAUGACGCUAGAGGGUGAUGAGUUCGUACCCUCCGGUCCUUGGCUCGCGAAAGACUACGAUCCACGUCCCUGCAACGGGCUCGUGAUCAAGAACAAGGCCAUCGACGAAGCCAUCGCGCGCGACGACGCAAAGGUGAAAAUCCCAGGAGGCGUCGAAGCAUAG